GCCGUCGUGUUCCCCAAUCCCCACGGCUCUCCAUCCUCCGCCACUCCUCCCCGGCUUAAAGCUCUCCGGCAUUGCAAUCCCCCAUGGCCUCCUACUACAACCACCCGAACCCCACCAACCCUAGCAGCCCGGCCCCGACGGCGCCGCCGCUCUACCCGUCGCUCAGCAUGGCGGACCUGGCGCCGGUCGAGAUCCCGCGGUCCCCGUCCACCCCCGACGUGCCGGCGCCGUCGGAGGACGUGCUGCUGCGCGUCCCGGGCGCGCAGCUCCACCUCAUCGACCGCCAGCGCAGCCACCCGCUGGCCGCCGGCGACCUCUCCCUCCACCGCAUCCGGGCCGGAGACACCUCCCUGGCCGCCAUCGCGGCCCUCGGCCCCGUCCAGUGGCCGCUGGCCCGCGACGUCGCGGCCGUCAAGCUCGACCCCCGCCAUUACUCCUUCUCCUUCGCCGUCCCCGCCUCCCCCGACGACCCGGCCCCCGACCCGCUCCACUACGGCCUCACGCUCUCCGUCCCCGACCCGCGCCUCGACGCCCUGCUCGGCGCCUACACCAGGUUCUCCGCCCACUCCGUCGCCGGCAGCGAGGGGCUGGCCGACGGGGUGCGCGGCGAGGUCGAGGCCGCCGCGUACUGGACCGCCGUCGCGCCCAACGUCGAGGAGUACGGCAGCGCCGUCGCCAGGGCCAUCGCGUCCGGCGCCGAGAACGUCGCCAAGGGGAUCCUCUGGUGCGGGGUCAUGACCGUGGACAGGCUCCGCUGGGGGAACGAGGUGCUCAGGAAGAGGAUCCAGCCCGGCGAUACUGAGGCCGAGGUCAGCCCGGAGAUGCUCAGGCGGAUCAAAAGGGCUAAGAAGGUGACAAAAAUGUCCGAGAAAGUGGCAACCGGAAUACUGUCUGGAGUUGUGAAGGUUACUAGCUAUGUUACAAGCUCGUUGGUUAACUCAAAAGCUGGCAAGAAGUUUUUCAGCAUGUUGCCUGGAGAGGUUGUUCUUGCUUCGCUUGAUGGAUUUGGCAAGAUUUCUGACGCCGUAGAAGUGGCUGGGAAGGAUGUUCUGUCGACAUCGUCGACUGUGACGACCGGCCUUGUAUCUCACAAGUAUGGAGAGAAAGCUGCUGCGGCGACCAACGAAGGGCUCGAUGCGGCAGGGCACGCCAUCGGAACGGCAUGGGCUGUGUUCAAGCUCCGGCAGGCAUUGAACCCAAAGAGCGUCCUCAAACCCACGUCGCUCGCCAAGUCCAGCAUCAAGGCCGGAGCGGCGGAGCUCCGGGCGAAGAGCAGCAAGAGCAAGUAGGGCUCGAAGCCGUCUUUGCCGCAGCUGGUCCAGCUAAUGUGCUGCCUUGCUUGUAGAUAUGUGUGCUGGAAACAGAGAACAACCCUGCCUCUCAUGUCUUUUACCUGUGCUGAUGUAUUUCUCAGUGGAUAUCUGUUGCUUGGUUUGGUUAUGUGCUCUGUCUGUCGAUGAAAUAUACUGGGGUAGUAGGGUAAUCAAUGGAUUUUACUGCAGUUA